AUGGCGGACGACGACGUGCUUUUCGAGGAUGUCUACGAGUUGUGUGAGGUGAUUGGCAAGGGACCCUUCAGUGUGGUGCGCCGCUGCAUCAACAGGGAUACGGGCCAGCAGUUUGCCGUAAAGAUUGUCGACGUGGCUAGCUUCACCUCCAGUCCUGGCCUCAGCACUGAAGAUCUGAAGCGAGAGGCCAGCAUCUGCCACAUGCUGAAACAUGCGCACAUAGUGGAGUUACUGGAGACGUACAGCUCUGAUGGCAUGCUCUACAUGGUUUUUGAAUUUAUGGAUGGAGCUGACCUCUGUUUUGAAAUUGUGAAGAGAGCUGAUGCUGGUUUUGUGUACAGCGAGGCUGUGGCCAGCCACUACAUGAGGCAGAUUUUGGAGGCGCUUCGCUAUUGCCAUGACAACAAUGUAAUACACCGCGAUGUCAAGCCCCACUGUGUUUUACUGGCUUCGAAGGAGAACUCUGCUCCGGUCAAACUAGGAGGCUUUGGAGUGGCGAUACAACUGGGAGAGUCUGGCCUGGUUGCUGGAGGUCGUGUUGGCACUCCGCACUUCAUGGCUCCGGAGGUUGUCAAGAGAGAGCCAUACGGCAAGCCAGUGGAUGUGUGGGGAUGCGGAGUGAUCCUUUUUAUCCUCCUGUCUGGUUGCCUGCCUUUCUAUGGCACAAAGGAUCGCCUUUUUGAGGCCAUCAUCAAGGGAAAAUACAAGAUGAACCCACGCCAAUGGGCCCACAUCUCCGAGAGUGCCAAAGAUCUAGUGCGACGCAUGUUAAUGCUGGAUCCCGCGGAAAGGAUCACAGUUUACGAGGCGCUCAAUCACCCCUGGCUGAAGGAGAGAGACAGGUACGCCUACAAAAUUCACCUUCCUGAAACAGUGGAACAGCUAAGGAAAUUCAACGCCAGGAGGAAGCUGAAGGGUGCUGUGCUGGCAGCUGUUUCAAGCCACAAGUUUAAUUCCUACUACGGGGAUCCUCCUGAGGAGCUUCACGACUUCUCAGAUGACCCAACUUCUUCAGGACUGCUAGCCGCAGAAAGGGCAGUAUCGCAGGUUUUGGACAGUCUAGAAGAGAUUCAUGCUCUUACAGACUGUAGCGAGAAGGAUAUGGAUUUUCUCCACAGUGUUUUCCAGGAUCAACAUCUCCACACUCUGUUAGAUUUAUAUGACAAAAUCAACACCAGGUCGUCCCCACAAAUCCGAAAUCCUCCUAGCGAUGGAGUACAGCGAGCCAAAGAGGUACUGGAGACAAUCUCCUGUUAUCCAGACAACAUUGAGGCCAAGGAGCUCAGAAGGAUCCUCACACAACCACACUUCAUGGCUUUGCUGCAAACACACGAUGUGGUCGCCCAUGAGGUCUACAGCGACGAAGCGCUUCGAGUGACCCCCCCGCCCACAUCCCCUUACCUGAACGGAGACUCACCUGACAGCACCAACGGAGACAUGGACCUGGAGAACGUUACCCGAGUCCGGCUGGUUCAGUUCCAGAAGAACACAGAUGAGGCCAUGGGCAUUACGCUGAAAAUGAAUGAGCUCAACCACUGCAUCGUGGCCCGAAUCAUGCACGGUGGAAUGAUUCAUCGGCAAGGCACCCUGCAUGUAGGAGAUGAAAUCAGGGAAAUUAACGGCAUCAGUGUUGCAAAUCAAACAGUGGAACAGCUCCAAAAAAUGCUUAGGGAAAUGAGAGGAAGCAUCACGUUCAAGAUAGUACCUAGUUACCGCUCUCAGUCCAAGUCUUGUGAGAAGGAGUCACCAGAUUUGUCUCAACAUUCAGCUGCUAAUGGUCACGCAAGCGUCACCAGCUCUAUUCUGGACCUGCCAGCAACAAUUCAACCCAAAGCUCGUCAGAUCUAUGUCCGUGCUCAGUUUGAGUACGACCCGACAAAAGAUGACCUCAUACCUUGUAAGGAAGCGGGCAUUCGCUUCAGGGUGGGUGACAUUAUUCAGAUUAUCUCCAAGGAUGACCACAAUUGGUGGCAGGGGAAGCUAGAGAACACCAAGAACGGCACAGCGGGUCUCAUCCCUUCCCCGGAACUGCAGGAGUGGCGUGUGGCGUGCAUAGCCAUGGAGAAGACCAAACAGGAACAGCAAGCCAGUUGCACGUGGUUUGGCAAGAAGAAGAAACAGUAUAAAGACAAGUACUUGGCUAAGCACAAUGCAGUGUUUGAUCAACUAGACCUGGUGACAUAUGAGGAAGUGGUCAAACUGCCUUCAUUCAAGCGGAAAACACUUGUGCUGCUGGGUGCACACGGAGUUGGUAGAAGGCACAUCAAAAACACGCUUAUCACGAAACAUCCGGAGCGCUUUGCCUACCCCAUUCCUCACACGACACGGCCUGCGAAAAAAGAUGAAGAAAAUGGAAAGAACUACUACUUUGUAUCUCAUGACCAGAUGAUGCAGGACAUCAGCAACAAUGACUACCUGGAGUACGGUAGCCAUGAAGAUGCCAUGUACGGGACCAGAUUGGAGACUAUUCGACAGAUUCACGCCCAGGGCAUGAUUUCUAUUCUGGAUGUUGAACCGCAGGCGCUAAAGAUUCUCCGAACCGCCGAGUUCGCUCCCUACGUCGUCUUCAUUGCAGCUCCCACUAUCACGCCAGGCCUGACGGAGGAUGAUUCCUUGCAGCGGCUCCAGAAAGAGUCAGAGAUGCUGCAGCAGACGUACGCUCACUACUUCGACCAGACCAUCAUCAACAACGAAAUCGAUGACACUCUGCGCCUGCUGGAGGAAGCCGUGGAUCUGGCGUGCAAUACCCCUCAGUGGGUCCCCGUGUCCUGGGUAUACUGA